AUGAAGUCUGAUGACAAGGAUGGACCUAUAUUGACAAGCCCUAAUAAUAAUUACAAGCUGGAGACUCUGGAGGUUGAGGUAGAGAUCAAAUCCAACGCUGACAAAUUGUACAGGGUCUUCAGCAACCAGCACCACGCCUUUCCCAAGGCCCCCUCUGAUCAUGUACACGAUGUUGUAGUUCAUGAAGGUGGCUGGGAAACUUCUGGUUCCAUCAAGCUUUGGACAUACACCACGGAGACAUAA